GGCUUUCUCUCCGAAGCUGGUGAUCUAGAGUAGUUACAGCGGCUGCGCUCUUCUCGGUGUGGCAGCUCAACUUCCGGGUCAGGCUCUAACGCAUGCGCAGAGAGUUAGGUCUCUUUUUCUCGUCUUCCAGCAUUCUCCGAGACUUAAGGAUUUGGAAAUCCAAAGCACAGCAUCACACUAACGUGACAACCAGGAAAGGUGCCUUCCCUUUCCUGGAGCCGAGGGACACAACGAAGUUCAUCCCGUCAGGCCGACCGGGAGCAGCUUGAGCAACGGCCAUGGCGGCUCUAACCCCUGCUCUCUUGCAGGGCUCCAGCAGCCAGAAUGUCACCGAGUACGUCGUCCGAGUCCCCAAGAACACAGCCAAAAGAUACAACAUAAUGGCUUUUAAUGCAGCCGAUAAAGUCAACUUUGCUACCUGGAACCAGGCACGGCUGGAGCGAGAUCUGAGCAACAAGAAGAUUUACCAGGAAGAAGAGAUGCCAGAGUCCGGUGCAGGCAGUGAAUUCAACCGCAAGCUUAGGGAGGAGGCGCGCCGGAAGAAGUAUGGCAUUGUCCUAAAGGAGUUUCGGCCUGAGGACCAGCCUUGGCUACUCCGUGUCAAUGGCAAAUCAGGACGGAAGUUCAAAGGCAUUAAGAAAGGCGGGGUAACAGAGAACACAGCCUACUACAUCUUCACACAGUGUGCUGAUGGUGCCUUUGAGGCUUUCCCUGUACAGAACUGGUACAAUUUCACACCACUGGCCCGACACCGCACACUCACUGCUGAGGAAGCCGAGGAGGAAUGGGAGAGGAGGAACAAGGUCCUAAACCACUUCAGCAUCAUGCAGCAGCGGCGGCUCAAGGACCAGGACCAGGAUGAAGAUGAGGAGGAGAAGGAGAAGCGCAGUCGCAAGAAGCCUAGUGAGCUGCGCAUUCAUGACCUGGAGGAUGACCUGGAAAUGUCCUCCGAUGCCAGCGAUGCCAGUGGUGAAGAGGGCAGCAGAACCUCCAAGGCUAAGAAAAAGGCCCCUGUGACCAAGGCAGGCAGGAAGAAGAAAAAGAAGAAGGGCUCAGAUGAUGAGGCUUUUGAGGACAGCGAUGAUGGGGACUUCGAGGGCCAGGAGGUAGACUACAUGUCUGAUGGCUCCAGCAGCUCUCCAGAUGAGACAGAAGGCAAGCCCAAAGUGCCCCAGCAGGAGGAUGGCCCAAAGGGGGUGGAUGAGCAGAGCGAGAGCAGUGAGGAGAGUGAGGAGGAGAAGCCCCCCGAGGAGGACAAGGAGGAGGAAGAAGAGAAGAAGGCCCCUACCCCACAAGAGAAGAAGCGCAGGAAAGACAGCAGUGAUGACUCAGACAGCUCAGAAGAGAGCGACAUUGACAGUGAGACCUCCUCUGCACUCUUCAUGGCGAAGAAGAAGACACCCCCAAAGAGGGAGCGGAAGCCAUCGGGGGGGAGUUCAAAGGGCACCAGUCGGCCAGGGACUCCCAGUGCAGAAGCAGCAAGCACCUCUUCUACCCUGCGGGCUGCAGCCAGCAAGCUGGAGCAGGGGAAGCGGACGAGUGAGACUCCAGCAGCCAAGCGUCUUCGGAUGGACACGGGUCCCCAGAGCCUGUCUGGGAAGUCCACACCCAGCAGCGGUGAUGUCCAGGUGACAGAGGACGCUGUGCGCCGCUACCUGACCCGCAAGCCCAUGACCACAAAGGACCUGCUGAAGAAGUUCCAGACCAAGAAGACAGGGCUGAGCAGCGAGCAGACAGUAAAUGUGCUGGCGCAGAUCCUCAAGCGCCUCAACCCUGAGCGCAAGAUGAUUGGUGAUAAGAUGCACUUCUCCCUCAAAGAGUGAUGCCAAUAAAGAGAGCAGGCCCAGA